AUGGUAAAUGCUUACAGAAUUGAUUUUGACAAUCCGCCGACUGAACAUAAUUGUGAAUUAAUCAAUGAUGAACAAACACCUGUUGACAAUUAUGUAUAUUUCUUGGAUAAUUAUCAACAAGAGGUUGACCAGCGAAUGAAAGAAAUUUUUGAUGAAGAAAAUGCAGUAGAUAUUCCUCAAGAUUGGAUUACCGUACGAGGCCCGAAACCCAAUAGACGAAAUAAAAAGGCAUCUUCGUCACAUCCUCAGAAAUUUACGGUUUAUUCAAGUGAAGAUUCGGGAAAUCAUUGUGAGAAAUUUUGA